CUUUUAAUAACCUGGAUCACCUUUCAGCCCCUCAGCCAAGCCGGGGUCGUCUUCACAGAGGUGGAAUUGUUUGAUGAGCUAAGGAAAACGACCAAAAAAACACAGGUUUUUUCGUGCGUUUGUGAGGAUAACUCGGAUUACGAGGUUUGUUUAGUAAGUGGAGGAGGCCACAGGUGUUUAGUCCUCUGCCAAGGCAUCACUGGGGAAUGGAAGUGAGGUUCAAGGAAGAAGUGAAACUAGAGAUGGAGGAGUUAACGAUAUGGGAGCAACACACGAUAACGCUGAACAGAGACUCCAAGUUUGGUUUUGGCUUUGCCAUCUCAGGGGGUCGAGACAAGCCGAACCCAGACACGGGGGAUACGGCGGUGGUGGUGUCGGAUGUGCUUCCUAACGGCCCGGCCAUGGGCCGCCUGUUCACCAAGGACCAGAUCGUCAUGGUGAACGGGAUCACCAUGGAUAACGUCAACUCCACCUUCACCAUCCAGAACCUCAAGUCCUCUGGCAAGACAGCCAACGUGACAAUUAAGCGUCCCAGGAAGAUCCAGAUCCCGGCCACCAACAGACCGACCCGGGCCGUGUCCCACUCCAACCUCCUGGACCAGGACCCUCCCCGCAGGGCCCGCCGCUACUCCGACGGCAGCGACCAAGCCCACAACGCCGACCGUUACCGCGUCAACGCCCGCAGUUCCACCCCCGACCGCAACGGCCACGCCCUGGUGUCGUCCGGGUACAAGAGGCUGCCAAACCAGGACGCCCCGGAUAAGCCAAUCAAAACCACCCUACUGAAGAAGAAACUGACUGAUGAGUACGGCUUGAAGCUGGGCAGUCAGAUCUUCAUCAAACACAUGACGGAGACCGGCCUGGCGGCGAAGGAGGGCACUCUCCAGGAGGGAGACCUCAUCCUCAAGAUCAACGGGAUGACGACAGAGAACCUGUCUCUGCUGGAGACCAAGCACCUGGUGGAGAAGUCCAGAGGGAAGCUCACCAUGACGGUCCUCCGAGACGACCGCAAGUUCCUGGUCAGCAUCCCCGAAGUGGUGGACAGCGCCCCCAACAGCGAGGAGGACCGACAAGCAGACGACAGCUCCGAACUGGAGGACAUUUCUGAUCUGGACACUGACCUGCCCCCUCCCAGAGUGUCCCGCGCUGCCACCAGAGAGAGACGCACGCGCAGAACCCGGGCGGAACCUCCUGCUUCGGCGAAGUCCCGGGACUCGUCCCCGGUCCGCUCCACUCUGACCCGGCCUGUCGCUAAGGCCUUCCCGCCCCGCAGAGCCCCGUCCGAGUCGGACUCUGACCGCAGCGCCUCCCCUCCCCCGUCCAGGACGCACCGAGACGGGCCCGACAGCAGGAACAAGUACAGGACCCUCUCAGGACUCUCCACCCUCCCCAACCCCCGAUCGGCGCCCGUCCCCCAGAGCUGGAACGCCCCUCGGGCUCCGUCCACCGUCUCCAUGGCUUCCCAGGGCACGCGCACCUCCUCGCGGCCCAAGAAGGUGGUGUCCGAGUCGGACUCUGACCGCAGCGCGUCCCCCCCCCGCCCCCGCAAGGAGAGCUCCCGCUCCAACGAUUACUCCCGAUACAAAGUUCUCCCUGACCUGCCUCCCCCCGGGGGAAGGGCCUCCCCCAUCAUGGUCCGCCAGGAGCCCCCCCGCAGGGUGUCCUCCCCCGUCAGAGUACCACCUCCAGACUCCGAGUCGGAGUCAGAUGGUAGCUCCGGGCCGCCCCGGAGACAGGGCACCCCCCACAGCCAGGACUCCAGGGACAGAUACAGAGUCCUCCCAGACCUAUCCCAGCAGCCCCAGGUGGAGCCUCCACGUUGGAGGGCACCCAGCGUGUCCAACAGCAUCCCGCCACAGGCCAAAGCACGCUCGGAGUCAGAGUCGGAGGCGAGCUAUGCUUCCGUGCCUCGUAGGGCGUCCACAGACAGCGCUGGCUCUGAUGGCUCACGCAACAACAAACACAGAGUCCUCCCAGAGAUGAAGUCCUCGUCUGUAGCAGUGAAACAUGAGCCUUCUCGUCGAGGCCUGACCCCCACGAGACCCCCCCCUGAAGAUUCUUCCGACUCUGAGCGCGCCCCCUCGCCUCUUGGAAGAUCUGGUAGCAGCAACCGCAGUUUUCCACGAGCCAAAGGUAUGGUUUUUGGAGUAUCCGUGAAGAGCAACCCUCCACCCUACUCUCAGACAGAAGAGGAGCCUCUUUACUCCCUGCCCCCUGACUCCUACCCCACGCCCAACCUGGGGUACAGCUCUGACCUCAACACCGUCUCCUUCGUGAAGGAGGGCAGCGUGGGCCUCAGGCUGGUGGGGGGCAACGACGUAGGCAUCUUUGUGGGGGGGGUCCAGCCCAACAGCCCCGCCCAGGAGCAGGGCAUGAAGGAGGGGGAUCAGAUCAUGCAGGUGAACGGGGUGGACUUCAGUCAUUUCACCAGAGAGGAGGCGGCCAUGUUCCUGCUCAACGCCAAGCGAGGAGAGCGCGUGGACAUCCGCACUCAGAACAAGAUGGACCUCUACAAGAAGAUCCUCAAGUCCAACCUGGGGGACUCCUUCUACAUCCGGACCCACUACGACUACGAGCCAGAGGACGCCCGAAGCCUGAACUUCACCCGUGGAGAGGUCUUCAGAGUGGUGGACACCAUGCACAGGGGCAAGCUGGGGAAAUGGCUGGCCAUCCGCAUGGGCAACGAUCUGCAUGAACUGGACAAGGGCACCAUCCCCAACCAGGGCAGGGCGGAGACUCUGGCCAGUCUGGAGCAGGCUAACCGUGCCAGCGGCACUGAGAAGCAGGUGUCUGGACCCAGGGCGGAGUUCUGGAAGCUACGGGGGCUCAGAGGGGGUAAAAAGAACGUCCGCCGGACUCGAGACGACCUCCUCCAGCUGACCAUCCAGGGGAAGUUCCCAGCCUACGAGAGGGUGCUCCUCAGAGAAGCCAAUUUCAAACGGCCCAUUGUCAUCCUGGGUCCUUUGAACGACUUUGCCAUGGAGAAGCUGGCGAGCGACAUGCCUGAUAACUUUGAGGUGGCAGACAUGGUCCCUCGAGGUGGAGGAGGAGAUGGAGGCUCCACUGUCAUCAAACUGGACACCGUCAGAAGGAUCGCAGAGAAGAACAAACACCCCCUGCUGGACAUCACGCCCACUGCAGUGGAGAGGCUGAACUACAUCCAGUACCACCCCAUGGUGGUCUUCCUGGACCCCCACAACCGCAAGGACGUCAAGGCAAUGAGGCAGAAGCUCUGCCCCAAGUCCAACAAGAGCUCCAGGCGCCUGUACGCCCAGGCUCUGAAGAUGAGGAAGGACUGCAGCCAUCUUUUCGCAGCCCGUAUCGACCUCCAGCCCAGCUCCAACGUGUGGUACGAUGCUCUGAUGGACAAGAUCCGCCAUCAGCAGGCCAAGCCUGUCUGGGUGUCAGAGGUCACGCUGGAGGCCGGCGGUGAUGGUGACGAUCUGGAGGGGCUGGACCACACCCAGUCUGACUACCUGAGUGCAGCCAGCGACCUGGAGGACACCGAUGGAGAAGCCUUCACGGACGGUGAGGCCUUCACGGACAACGAGGACCUGGAGGAGCACUACGCCAGCCCCGAGAAGCCCCGCGCGUCCAGGUCGGCGGGCGCGGCGCUGGCCCGCUCCUCGGAACCCGCGUCCGGGCACCGCAGCCCCGACGAGGAGCGCAAAAGGGAGAUCCCUCCCCUCAUGGAAGUCCCGGAGCCCAGGUCGCACCACUACGAGCAGGACAGCCCCCCUCCAGAUGACGCGGAUGAGGCGUACCCACCCUCCCAUCGCAGCUUCUCCGACUCGGACUUCAGCGCCAUGGACCCGCCCCCGUCUGAAGGGCCGCCGGAUUUCCGGGCCCCAGACCCCUCGGCCCUGAGCUCUGUCCCGGAGCUUCCUCGAGCCGAGAGCCCCACAACCGUCACCCUGUCGGCCAUCGAGGAUAAACUACAGCAGGCCCGCCUUGCUGAACCACAAGAGAGGAAAUCUCCAUUAAUUGUGCUCGCCCACCACCAGGCCGUCCAAUACCGGCGCACACAGAUCCAAGGAAGCGACAGCUCCGACAACGAUGAGGCGGACGAUAUCGAAUGGGGUCCUGCCACGGAACUCUGAACGCUGGACUCCGGAACCAGAACUUGAUCUAGUUUUCCAUUGAGUAAUCUGGAUGGUUCACCUGAAAGCUCUCCCCUUCUUCUCCUCUCUUUUUCGGAGACUCCUUGAGAUUUGUUGGUUCAGACUGAUCCCUCAGCUGCCUGGAAGAUUCCCACCGAUUUCGAUUUUAAAUUAAGGUGAUGCCUCUCCUGGGUUUUUUAAGGGUUUAGUAUUUAUACAGAUUGUCGUAAAGCAAAUAUUUUAUAUUUUCUCAUGUCUUUUUAAUAAACAGUUUUCUGCGGUUUUACUUACACAAUGCCGCUACUUUUAACCUUCUUGACAGCCUCUGAACUUUAGGUUUAAGGGGAAAAUGAAAUGAAAGUUUGUGAGAGAGUGGCUGCGUCCAGGCCUGCAGGUCAAUGUGGCUCUACUGAAACAUCAUCAGUUUGUAUAGAUAUGACUGGCUUCAAUAAAGAAUUGAGUUACAGA